AUGGACAAGUUGGGGAUUGAAGAGCCAGCCGGGUGGAUCUCCAUCGUUGGCACGGAGGAUUCCAAUCGCUGGGCCUUGAGGGACCUGCAGCGCAGCAACCGCUGGGCAUCUUUGCGAAGUGAGCAGCUGCUCUCACUGCAGAGGGAAUUGGAUGCUGCUGAGACAGCCAUGGAGGAGGCGAAGCGUGCAGCCGCAGAGGACACGAGCACCAGCAAGGAUACGCUCGAAGCGCUGAGGGCCACGGCAGCCGAAGACCUCGGCCGGUGUGAGCGCGAGCUGCAUGAGAAGAGCGAGCGGUGCCGGAAGCUGGAGCUAGAGUUGCACCAGGCCACGCUGCAGUUGGAUGGGCCCGGCGCGUACCUGCUGGCCAGCGACGUCGACGUCUUUGAGGCACCAGCGAGGAGCUCCCGGAAAGUUGGGCGGCUCCCGGCCGGGGAGGAGGUUUAUGUGCUGGAGGUGGUCCACCGAAAGGCCGAAAAACGAAUUCGUGGCCGGGUCGCCCUUGAUGGUGCCUAUGGCUGGAUCUCGCUUCUGGACACCUCCGAGGGCUAUCGCUGGGCACACCGGCAGUUGGGUGCCACCAAUGAGUGGAUCGGUCAACUACUCGAGAGGAACACACCAGACGUGGCCUCCGAGACCACAGAAUUAAGGGCUCGGUGUGCGGCACUCGAGGCGCAAACUGUAAUGAUUAAUCCAUGCUUUGCAGUUCUUCUGUGGUUCCGCCGAUGUCCCUUCAAAGCCCUUGUGUCCUCCGCUCGGCCUCUCUGUACAACUCUGGGUAUGGCUUAA